UAUUAUCAACCCUUAUCCUUAUAGUUUAUGGACUAUAUGGACCCAUAGAAACAACCUUUUGUUCACAAAGCACACCUAUACCAAACCUUGCCCGAACGUUGCCAUAACUCUGUCAAAUGAGUACUUGUAUCUAGCUGCUGACUCUCACAACAACACUAUCUGUCAAAUGAGUACUUGUAUCUAGCUGCUGACUCUCACAACAACACUUACUCCUUUUAACUUGUAUGUUAAAUGGAAUCCUCCUGUGCCGGGCUGUCUAAUGCUUAACAUUGAUGCUACCAUCUCCUCCAACCUCCAUAUAGGAGGGUUGGGUGGAGUUUUCCGCAAUAGCUCGGGGGACUGGAUAUUGGGUUUCUUUGCUCGAAUAGCUAUAAAAGAUAUAAUGCAACUUGAAAUCCAAGCUCUGUUUCUUGGUUUGCAGCUGACUGUGAAGUACCUCCUCCGGCAACUGGAUAGACCAGCUCUGGCCCAUGUCUACAGAGAGCAGAACCGACUAGUCGAUAGCCUAGCAAAAAGAGCCAUCUCUACUGCAGAUCCAGUUAGGACACUACUAUGUUUUGGACGACUCCACAGGAUCUUUUGAUCAUUUUGGGUGCUGACAAAAGAGGAGAUUUUGUUACUAGGCGUGUGAAGAUUUUGCGUUCUUUACCACCUAGUACAUCUGUAAAUAUUUCUACGAGUAUGGUGUUUAGUGUUAACGGAUGGUCCGUAAAUAAUGCACAAUGUGCAAAUAUUAUGGUGAUAGCACUGUCAAAUGACUCUCUGUAGACUUUUUGAUAUGAUGCUAAUAUAAUAUAAUAUCCUACUUACCAAAAAAAAAACGUUAUUUUCUUUGGGUUCCUUAUCUAAGAAGAAGAGAGCAGUCAUC